AUGUCUCCUGCUCUUCCCGAACACAUAAUCCUCCAAGAGAUAUUGACUCGACUACCCGCUGCAUCACUUGCACGAUUUAGAUUCGUCUGUAAAUCAUGGUUGGCUCAUAUUUCUCACCCCAAUUUCGUCAAAUCUCAUAUUUAUCGCAAGGAAGAUUAUCUCAUUCGAACGUGUCCCGGUGGUAUAGGGAUCCUCUCGGGCACUACUUUAACCGAAUCGCACAUCGAAGAUGUCCCCGCAUCUUUCGAUGGCUUGGUUGGAUCCGUCACUGGCUUAGUCUGCGGUAUCUCUCAGUCGCGCAAUCACUUCAUAUUAUGGAACCCGAUUUUGCAUGUCUACAAGCAAAUUCCACUCCCGAAACAUAGCAGGUUUAGCUUUUUUGGCUUUUGUUGGGACUCAGCUACAGAAAAUUUUAAAUUAGUAGCUAACUUUCAUUCUUCGUCAGCUCUUGUCUAUUCGACUAAAACAAAUCGUUGGAUCGACGUAGGAUCCUACCAAAUUCCUUACCCAACACAUGAGUUUCCCGCGGUCAUUGUGAAGGGCAUUCCUUACUGGACGGAGUUUUUCGGGAGCCCUGGAAUACUCAAAUUCGAGGCCAGAACUAACAAGUUUACGUGGCUUGGAGUUACAUGCCUUGCUGGCAAACGUUACAGUCUCUGCAGUUUGAAUGAUUGCCUCACCCGAAUAGAGUAUUCACUCCCCGGAGGAAAUAGCCUGGACCUGUACCAAUUCAACGAGGGACGUGGUGUUUGGAGUAAGAUGUACACGAUUGAUGUCAGAACUACUUUUAUUUUGACGAUCCCCAAGUGUUUUAACUAUAGCGGCGAGAUUGUAUUUAGUGGGUGUCACGAACGGCUGCAUCGCUAUAGUUACACACCUAGCCUGAUCAUCUUGGAGGGGAUGAAAACAUCAACUAGGCAUUUGAGAGAUGAGCAUCGCAAACUCAGAUCUGUUUGGUGCAUGCGGCUACCGUGGAAACACAGACGAUCGAGGCAUUCUUCUGAAUUUGACCUCUCGUCACCUACAUACUCUGGUGGUAGUAUUGAAUAG